AUGUCGAUGGACUUGGAUGACCAGCCUAUCUCCAUAGCCCCUGUCGCUCAGCAGCAGGGUGCUGCAACUAUUCUGUGCUGCAACUGUGGUGCCCCGAUCGAUGGAACUGCAUCAUCUGGCGCUCUCUGCUAUGACUGCAUCAAGCUCACUGUCGACAUUUCCCAGGGCGUCCAGCGAGAGGCGACGCUCAACUUCUGCCGAGACUGCGACCGAUGGCUCAUGCCCCCCACCAGUUGGAUUGUCGCCGCUCCCGAAUCUCGCGAACUGUUGGCACUGUGCCUCAAGAAACUUCGAGGACUGAACAAAGUCCGUAUCGUCGACGCUAGUUUCAUCUGGACCGAGCCCCAUUCGCGAAGAGUCAGGGUCAAGAUCACCAUUCAAGAUGAAGUACAGGACGGCAUGCUGCUCCAGCAAACUUUCGAGGUCGUGUAUGUUGUGGCGUACCAACAGUGCCCUGAUUGUGCCAAGUCAUACACUGCCAACGUCUGGCGAGCCGCUGUCCAGGUCCGCCAAAAGGUUCUUCACAAGCGAACCUUCCUGUUCCUCGAACAACUUAUUAUGAAGCACGGCGCCCACAAGGAUACCCUUAACAUCAGAGAGGCCAAGGAUGGUAUUGACUUUUUCUUCUCACAAAAGAACCAGGCCGAGAAGUUCAUCGACUUCCUCAACUCCGUGGUGCCUGUCAAGACCAAGGCCUCUCAGGAGUUGAUCUCUCAGGAUAUCCACACUUCCAAGAAGUCUUUCAAGUUCACAUACUCGGCCGAGUUGGUGCCUAUAUGUAAGGACGACUUGGUUGCUUUGCCUAUCAGGAUGGCUAAGCAGUCCGGCAACAUCUCACCUCUUCUUCUCUGCCACAAGAUCGGCACUUCCGUCUACCUGUUGGACCCCCAGACCCUCCAGACUUGCGAUAUCAGUGCGCCUAUCUACUGGAGAGCCCCCUUCUUGUCUCUGACCGACACCCAUGAGCUCGUCGAGUUCAUCGUCAUGGACAUUGAAACCACAGCAACACAGAAGGGCAAGUGGACACUUGCCGAAGCCACAGUUGCCCGAGCCACUGAUCUCGGUGUCAACGACCGAACGUACUUCACAAGGACUCACAUGGGCCGACUUCUCCAGCCUGGUGAUUCCGUUAUGGGUUACCUCCUGGCUGGCACCGUCUUCAACAACAGCGAAUACGAGGCGAUCGAGAACUCCAACACAUACUCGUCAACAAUUCCUGACGUGAUACUAGUCAAGAAGCACUACCCCCGUCGUAGAAAGAACCGCAAGAGAAACUGGCAGCUCAAGCGCAUGAACAAGGACGAGGGUGAGCUUCUUCCCAAGAAGGCAGACCAAGAACGCAUGGACCAAGAGUACGAGCAGUUCUUGAGAGAUGUUGAGGAAGACGAGGAGCUCCGUGCUACUCUUGCCCUGUACAAGUCACAGAAGAGGGCUGAAGAAGAGAUGAGCGUUGCUGAGACCGAGGGAGAUGACGAGGCUCCUCAUGUUGACAUGGAUGAGUUGCUGGACGACUUUGAUGAACUUACAAUGCAGGACCGGCCAAUGGAAGAUUAG